UCCACCCGGAGGAACUGAAGGCGCGUUUCGAAGAGUCUGCAUGUCAACAAGCAGCAGGGGAAGAGGCCUACUUUAGAUGAAAAACAUCUGAUGCAUGCAUAUAACUACACGUUUUGUGGGACAAUACGUUUAGAUUUAAUUAUUCCGCUUAACGGCCUUCAGCGUUUAUUUACACCGACAUGGCUCCGUUCAGCAUAAUGACAGCCAGUGUUAGCCUGUUGGCUAAGUCCUUCAGCAUCUUCUCCUGCACAAGCAGUCUGGCAAGGUGUACCAGUGUCCUACCAGCUGUGUACCUCAACCCAGUGAAAUAUCUGACCUCUCAGGCCAGUGGCCCUCCAAGAAGACCUCUGAACGGAUACAUGAGAUAUGUUCUGCAACAGCAGCCAAUCAUGACCAGACAAAACCCAGAAAUAAAGUCUGUGGAUGUCAUCAGGAAGAUCGCCCAGCAGUGGAGAACGAUGAGCCCAGAACAGAAACAGCCGUUUCAGGAAGCUUCUCUGCGGGCCAGAGAGCAGUUUAAGGUGGAGCUCCAGCGCUAUCAGGCUCAGCUGACCCCAGCACAGGUCCAACAACAAACCCUGGAGAAGAGACAGAGGAUGGCAAAGAGGAAGGCCAUCCGCAAAAAGAGGGAGUUAACCAACCUGGGAAAGCCCAAACGUCCUCGCACUGCGUUUAACAUUUUCAUGUCGGAGCACUUUGAGGAGGCCAGAGGAACCACUACACAGGCAAAGAUGAAGUCAUUGUUUGAGGACUGGAAGAAUCUGUUCAGUCAUCAGAAACAGGUCUACACACAGCUGGCCGAGGAUGACAAAGUUCGCUACAAGAAUGAGAUGAAGUCCUGGGAGGAGCACAUGGUGGAGAUUGGACGAGAAGACCUGAUCCGAGAGCAGACACUGUCUACCAAGAAAAAACUUGCCAAAACAGCCAAGAAAGGAACAAAGAGGGCUACAGCAGUGAAGAAGGCCUCUGCCACAGCAAAGUCAAAAACAACCAAAAAAACGACCAAAAGUGGUGCUGCAAAAACUGUCCGGACUACAAAGAAGACUUAAGGCGUGUUUAGCUAAUUGGGGGGGGGCGGGGGGGGGGUUUCAUGACACAUUCUGCUGCCCCAGAACUGUGCUCUGCUCGGUUUUUUCCUCUAACUUGAAAGUCCUAAAGUUCCCAGUUGACAUGAAUGCUUAUGCUCAACCGGGCGAAGCAUUUUACAGCAUUCAGACAGAUCAAGAUACUUUUUCAGCACCCCAUUAAUGCCUCUGUUCAGUGAAUACGACCCCAAAUACACCCUGAAAGCACACAGCGUGAGGUUUGUCAUCCUGCCUGUGAUUGGUUGGUUGAAUCCCUACAAAUGAUGUGUAGGAUUGUUCCAGAAGGUGAGUUACUUUGUGAAAUGUUAAUAUAAUGUUUCUGAAGCUUAGACAUUUAAGUGAAGCUUUAAAGUGAAUAUAGGAGGCACAGAUACUGUUUCUACUUUUCUGAGUGUAACCACAGGCUACUAGUACUAUUGUUGCCGUCCCAAGAACAGACACUCUGUAUUUGCUAUUUCAGAGUAUAAGUAAGUCAGGUGUUCUGUAUUUAUCUUGUCAACAAAUCCGUGAAAUGUUCAAAACCAACAAUGUGUUCGUGUGUCUCACUACAUUCUGACUUCCAGCCUGUGGCUCUCAGCCCCAAGUCCAUUGGUUCCUUCUGAAGACAUACAUGUUUUUGGACAACAAUGGAGCUCUAUCACAUGAAGUACCACAGACAGAGCAGGGAAUUCAGAAGGUACUGAGAGCUGAACGAAUACAUUGUUAGUUUUGGUAUUUUCAUAGAUUUUGAUGACGGUUAAGAAAAAAACCCAGCAGCCUGAUCUUGUACUGAGAGUAUGCCGCCUGUGGAAGUGCACUUCACAGUGCUGCUUGUUGGCCAUUUCUCAGUAAGUUGUACUCUGAGGAAAGGGCCAGUAGACAGCACUUCCUCUAAAGAUCAGAGUACCAGUUGCCAUGAAUGCAACCUGACUGAAUUAUUAGUCUCAUCGCUGAUAUCAAUGAGGCAUAAGCUUGUAGUCGCAGAGUCAAACUGAAAACCUGCUUUCUUUUAAGUAAGUGACUGACAUUUUGUUUUUUAAACACAAAAUGAUGCAUUGUUCCAGUCAAGCUUCUGAUUAGAUGAUUUUUGUACUGUUAUGCUUGACAAGAAAAUUUGCUCUUUUUUUUCACCGCCUUCGUCCAGAUGGUGGCAUAAAGGGCCGUUCCCUUCAGAUGCUAACUGAAGAAUACUCGUUUGUCCUGACUUCCAACUGUAUAAAGUCGGUCAUGUGUCACAAAAGCAACUUUCCAUUAUGUUUAAGGAAAAUCCAGAGUCUAUCUGGUCUUCAUGUUUGUAAAGUCACACCCCUGUUAAUGAUUAAGACAUUUCAGUACUGAUAGUUUGUUUUGCUUGUAGAAUGUAUUUAGUGCUACCAUUUUCACACAGCUUGUUUUCUUUGUGUUGUGUAUUUACUAAUAAACAUUAUACAUACA